GCUGACCGGCCCUUUAAAGUGUAUGCAGUACGUCCUGUUACUAUAGAAACGGGACGCUGAGGCAGCUGUACGCAAUAAUUCAAACAGUGACUAUGGGUAAAAAGUCAGAGAAAGCGCAGAAGGACAAAGUAGCUGCAGGGAACGCCGAGGAUGAAUCCAGGAAUUCAGCCAAUGCUUCAAUGGAAAGGGCAUCUCUGACAGUUGGUGAUUACCAAUGCACGGGCAUUCUGGAGCAAGACUUUCCUGAGCUGUGUGGCCGAGCAGGUUUCACUGAGAGUGAGAUCCCCAGGGUUACACUGUGCCACCGAACUGCUGUUACCCCAACAUCUGAGAAAAAUGCUGCAGAUGAUUCCGAUGGUGCGUCAGAUAAAGACAACCCUGGAGGUGGCGGCCCUACGAAAGACAAGUUCAGUUACUUCAAGCCAAAGAUUGAAGUGGAAACAGAGGGGGAAGAUGGGAAAUCCGUCAAAGUGAUUUUUGUUCAUGGAUGGAAAAUAGACCACAGGAUGAUGGGAAUUUUCUCUAAGUGUCUGCCUGCACUCACAGCUCUCCAGGGAAUCAGCCUGUGGAAUGUCGCUUUGACCGAAAGCACCUUCUCUCAGUUUUUGGAAAUUCUGCCGCAUUGCCCAAAUAUCAAGACAGUUGUAUUGGAAGGUAACCCUUUGCCAGAGCAGUCCUAUUAUAAGCUCAUCUCUGACCACUUACCGCUGGUGCGUAUAUCACUGCGGAACAACAUGAUCACUGACGAUGGAGCCAAACUCAUCAGCCAAGCCCUCCAGUCCUUAAAGACAAACAAUAAAAAUUUAGCAACGCUAAACCUCAGCUUCAACCACAUUUCAGACCUUGGCGCUGGCUACUUGGCAGAGGCCUUAAGAAUGGAUCGCUCGUUGCUGUGCCUGGAUUUGUCCCAUAACCAAAUCGGAGACCAAGGAACUCUGGCAUUAGCUGAGGUCUUGGGACCUUUUCCCUUAACCCACAAAGAGAUUGUGGAAAGGAGGCGACUAUUAAUGGACAAGGACAGCCACGAGCUGCAGAGAUCGCCAACAUUAUCACGCAACGGAGACGCUAGAAACGAUCGUCCCCAGAGCCACCAAAGCUACGCGGCUGUUGAAAAGCCAGAAAAGGCACCAGCUGCAAGUAAGACGAACAAGAGCAUGGCCAAAAAGAAAGACAAGGAUAAGGACCCUCAGAAGAAAGAGGAAAAGUCCACAACCAGCUUACAGGGCGGAAACUCCACUGUAUCGGGCCAAGGUGGGCAGGCCAAGAAAGAGGACCCCAAAGCGGCCAAGAAACAACUGCCCAACCCUGAGCAAAAGAACUCCAAAGUAAAGCCUGUGAGAUCAGCAUCCAAACGGGUUCCUUUAACAGAGCAUGAGCUCCAUGUGGAACCAGCUGAAAUCACACACCCUCUACUGGAGCCCGCUGAGUCCCGCGAUGGCAAAGUCUUCCUCCCCGGAAACAGAGUUCUCAUCAACCUUAACCUUCUCAGGAAUCGAAUCACAGAGAAGGGGCUGAAUGGCCUGUUGGCAGCAGUGGAGGCUCAAGAGAGCAAGCUGAUCCCUGGAAGCAAGAGCCAUACUGGGCUGCUACGUCUGUGUGUGGGGAAGAACCUCUUCCCUCCGGACAAUGAAACCUUUAUAAAACUGCAAGAGCUGAUGCUUUCCCGGGACCCGAUACACAAGUUAUCCAGGUUAUCGGCAGAUGAGCAGACCCAAUAACAAAGCUGUCGCCUCUUCACCCAUAAUGCUUUGGUGCCAUAGAACAAUUCAGCAGUGGGCCCUGGAUGCUGGUCUAAUCAGGUAGACCCCCGCCCAACUGCUGGCCCCCCAACCUGCAUUUUUGCCUUUUACCCAAUCUGACCCCCUACAGCUUUAUCCACAACCCAACUCGCUACCCUACAGCCCACUUAGAACCAUAACACUGAAAGGGAUCUUAACUAAAGGAGAGGCAAGGCGAAACUGGGGUAAAAGCAGCUUAUUUUGCAACAUUCACCCGCCCAAGACCCACGGAAGGAUUGUAAUGACUUAUUCCUAGCAACUUCACAAUUGGUUUUCAUGAUUUUAUUUUAUUUUUUUUACAGUAAUUGAAUUAUUUGCCAUCUUCUUCUUCCAGAACUCUUUCCAGAUUUCAAAUGGGGGUCACUGACCCCGGCAGCCAAAAACUAUUGCUCUGUUAGUCUACAAUUUUAUUAUUGUUACUUUUUAUGACUUACCUUUCUAUGCAGGCCCUCUACUGUUCAUAUUCCCAAAUCACAUUUAAACCUCUGCCUGGUUGCUAAGGUAAAUAACACCCCAGCAACCAGAUAACUGCUAAAAUACCAAAUGGAGAGCUGCUGGACAAAAAGCUAAACUUAAAAACCAUUAAAAAUGGUUGCAAAUUGUUUCAGAAUAUCAAUGUCUACAUCAUAUUAAAUGUUAAUUUAGCGGUAAAGUACCUCUUUAAUAACAAAACCUGUGCUACAUGUAACUAGUGGGGCCAACCCAAAAUCCUAUACUACUGGAACCAAUACUGGCAGUUAUUGAUCUCAAUAAAGUUGCAGUUAUGGAUUA